AUGGUCAAAGAAGGACUCGAACAGAGAACCGGUCCCGGCUGGCACGUUAUCGUGGGUCCGGGAUUUGGCUUCGAGAUCUCCUACGAGUUGAAAAACAUCCUCUACAUGUACUUUGGCGGAAACACAGGUGUCUUACUGUGGAAGUGCUCCUAGGCCCUGCCAGUACCUCUUCACCGUUCCCGCCUCCAUUUCUGGCACUUGUGACCUUUACAUGCCUGUACGUCGGCAUCUCUGUAUACAGCCUCCGGCUAAUCUGUGUACCACAAAUCGGUCGCAGUUGUUUAGUGUAUACAAUAAACGCAUUCCCGACCACAGCUAACUCCUUUGGGUCAGGACAAAUAAUCAAAAUAUUUACGAGGGCAAACCUAUUGGGUGAGUCCGAAUUCCAACAGGGGCUGGUCGGGAUCAUCUGCUAGCUACGGGCGUAUUUUUAUCCUCUUACGUGAGUAUCCACCAGAAAGACACACGGGAAGCACUGUGGGAUCCACUGAUGAGCCGAUACCCUCGCAGCUCUGUCAUGCAAAGGCGGAACAUUAGCGAAACGUAUGUGUCUGGGCUUUUAGCUGGUACCUGCGUCGUCAAGUAUGUUAUGUCGUACUAUUAAGGACAAAAGACAGUCUGAUUAGUCUGGCGUUGCUUUGCAUUACCGGAAAGCUCGUUUGUCUUCAAGGCCUGACACGUGCCCAGACUCCGUAAGGCCUGCAUGUGGCUGCGAAAACAAUAAAUAAAAAUCUUUCGAAGCCCCCUCUAGAAACAAAGAUCGAGGCCUGAGUAUAGUAAGUGGGCUUACUCAUGAAAUGUCAACCGAAAUGCGUUUCCGUUUCGAAAGGAUUCAUUAAGUAGGGUUGUAAAACUAAUCGUCGUGCAGCGUCAUUCUAAAAUAUUUCAGUAACCUCAGGAUGUCGGCUUUCCAACGAAACUCUACACUUUGUAAACAUGACCACUUAAGUAACGUGCAUUUUUCUCUUGAAAUUCAAAUAUAUUUCAUAGAAAACAUGCAUAUAAAUAUUCAUUCUUUUGCUCAUUCGGUAGAAAAUAACGUCUUUCAUACCAUAAUCACCCCCGGAUGCCGGCAUUCGAAAAAACUUCUUUCCGGCCGCAUCCAGAAAGAAUACUCCGUAGAGAAUGACUACUUAAGUAGAGGGCAUUUUUUCAUUGAUUUUCGAUACUCUUAAAGAUUAAAUUAUAUUUCACGGAACACAUGCAUAAAAAUAUUAUUUAUUUUACUCAUUCAAUAGAAAAUUACGUCUUCUUUCAAUUAUCUACUCAAAGGAACGGUUUAAUUUGGUUUUAUAAAACUUUGCAAUUCCUGAAUAAUUUUGAAGUCGACCUGCCGUUACACUUGCAUUCAGGGUUUCCAAACUACAAGCCGUAUAAUUUCCGCUUACGGAUAUCCAUACAUUUCUCUACCAUAUUAAGAGGAGAUUACAUGGCGUUCAUAAUAUAAAGCAGUGGAUUUGAGCCACACUGUUAACUUUACAAGCCAUAUUGCUCAAUGCAGAGACAUGACGUUUUAUGAAGGGUCAUUUCACGGCAUUAAAAUCGCACAAUGAGAAACUUUUUUAAAAAUGAAUUAAACCCUUUUUCGAGUAUAAUAAUGAAAGGAAACGUAAUUUUCUUCUGAAUGAGCAAAAGAAUGGAUAUUUCAUGCAUGCUUUCCAUGAAAUAUAAUUGCAUUUUUAAGGGCAUCACAAAUCAAUGAAAAAGUGCAUGCUACUUAAGUAGUCGUUUUCUUCGUAGUAUAGUUUUUGAAUGCACCCGGUAAGAAGUUUGUUCGAAAGCCGACAUCCGGGGGUAACUGGAUUAUUAUAGAAUUACGCUGAAAGAUUUUUGGUUUAACAACCUUACUUUACUAAUCUUUCCAAAACGGAAACGCAUUUCGAAUUUCUUAUGACAUUUCAUGAGUUAGCCCACCUACUGCACAGCCAACAUUCUAACCCCUAGGCUGCGAGGUUCUACCAGAAACCAUGAGAUUAAUUACAUCUGGGUCAAAUUGCCUGCCGAUUCGCAGCUUAACGGAUCAUCUGAAACCCUGAGGGAUAUUUUAGAAAUCUAAAAUACCCACAUGCUGCAGAAAAUGGACGCUUAUGCGACAGUCCGGACUUCAGUCCCAUAGCAGACAGGUGGUCACUGACAGUCUACCCACGCACACAUGUCGAUCAUCAUAAAUGCGUCAGCACGGUCUUGUCAAACAACCGUUUGACGUUCUACUCCAUAUGCUACUCCUAAAACAAUUUUAAAAACAAGAUUCUUUCGGAGUUGAAAUCGUUAUUUAAUCAAGCAAAAUGCAGAAAUCUCGUGGAUAAUGUGGGCACCGAAGCCCAUUGAAUAGUUAUUAAAAUUGUUUGACGUAUUUUGUCGAUUAAAAAGGUCACUUGAGUGGUGUAACGAAAUGAAAUAUAAUUGGAACUAAACUGUAGUCUUUUUGCGCAGGGUAGCACGUUGGUAUUAUGUCUAGACAUCCGUUCGGCCAGGUAUGGGCAACAGUCAUUGUUCGAGUCUUGGGUAUUUGUUUCUUCUCAAAUAGGCAUAUUUUCAACGGCAGCAUGUCUUCUCCAGACUCCGCAACUGAAGGACAUAUUUUAUUUUAAACAUUGUCGCGAUAAGGAGACUCCUGAAGUUGCUCAGCCGAGUACAAGUUCAUCUAGCCAUCCUUAGGUUGAUGCAUAAUGUUCAAAAAAUAUGGAACCUGAUCUUUAUUCCGUGUUCACCCGGAGAGUCCUUCUUAGAUGGACAUUUUUGACCAUGCGGAUACUAGAAGACUCUACGCAGGCAUGUGAACUCUACUCAGAGGGCAUGCAGUCAUUGACUGGUCUAAUGAAAUGUUAACCGAAAUUCUGAAAUGAGAUUUGACUAGGAAUGAUUACGUAAGCGAGUCUGCAAUGGUGACCAGCACUUUUCUUUGGCCGUCUAUGGUAACCCUCUACAAGGGUACUAUUUCUUCAACUCUUUCGGUAGCAAAUCAUGUCUUUAUCAAAUUGGAUACUCAUAGGAAGGGCAUCUUUUGGUUUUAAAAUUUUUUUCUCUUCUCCAGUCGUUACGAAUUAUUUUUAAAACUGAAUGAUACCCUUUCUUUGAGUAUGUUGCUUAAAAAAUACGAGAUUUUUAACGAAAUCAGUAUAGGAAUGUUUAUAUGCCGAUUUUUUGCAAAAUGUCUUUGAAUUUAUAGGGGCAUUGAAAAUCGGCAAAAAAUGUAUUCUACGUAAGCAGCCAGUUUCAUACCAAUUAGGCUUUUUGCAGGCGGCCUCGAGUGUUUGGAACCUUACCAGAUCAUAUCACAAGAUAAUUACCAUUGCAAUCCAGUCGAAACCGCAAUUCGCUUAAUAUUUUGUGAUAUCGGUCACUGAUUUUACGCAGCAUGUAACUUGGAAACUUUAAACAUCAAUGAAAGUUCCAGCGGUUUUUCAAAAGCUGAGGCUAUUUUUAAACUCUUUGGGCCUAAAUAACAGUGCUCAAUCGAAACCGAUCGAAAGAAAAACGGAAACUCGUCUGAAAUGGCUAUUGGAAAUACUUUUUGCGGUCUUUCUGCAAGUUUUGUUUUUCAAUCAAAACAAUAAUUUAAAGUUAACGAAAAAGUUGCGUUAAUUGCGUGUGAGAUUUGCAGAGACGGCUAGAACUGGAAUUUUAUUGUUGAUUUUCUGAUCAGUUUUUUGCCUGAAACUCUAUUUAAAAUGUACGGUCAGUGUUCAAAUACUGUUUCUCUCGUCAUUGUUGAAAUGGGAGUCAGAACAACAUAGAAGUUUGCUAGUCAGGAGUAGGAAUAUGCUAUUCUACAAAGUUUCGAGAGACAUGUUAACUCUCUUGAUUAAAUAUAAGACGCAAUAGGCACGUAAUACACUGAGCGACCGUCAAAAACAAGAACUGAUUUCAAAAAAGCUGUUCAGUGAAUAGCACUCAGCUCGGCCUGCGUGGGUGGACAGUCAAAUGCCAGUCAGUGUGAGGAUGGAGUUCGCAACUGGAAGAAAAGUGUGAAAUUUAAAUGCAUGGAAGGUCGACCAGACGUAGAUCUUUUAACCACAGCAGGCAUUUUAUUCUUCCAAUAAAUAAAGAGCAGAUCGAGGUAAGUUCCGGGAGUAAAAACCCCCCUAUCACAGGUGGCCUUGCUCUAGAUUCCUUGGAAGGGGGGCUUGAUUUAGGCUUCAUUCAGAUUGACAAAUUUGAGAGAUCUGGGUAGAGUAUUUGAAGAAGAUGAUUAUGGGCUCUUCGAAACAGGUUUAUUUAAAUGCUGACGUUUAAAAGCGCUUGGCCAGCUCUCCAUUGUCAAAGCGUAAAAUGCACUUAUUCGAUCCGAACUUUCAAGUGGCAUGUUGUGUUGGUCGGCUUCUUGCUGGAUUUAGGGUUAAGUUGUUAGAAUUGAUUGGUGUCAGGGUUAAGGAAUCUAAGGUUAGUGUUGAAGUAUCGGCCAGGGGUAAAUGUAAGACUCGGGAAUAGGUCCUCCCCUCGAAUUUAACUCAAGGCCAUCCGCACUGCACGAGGUUCUUAUUCGCAUGGCACCCAGUCAAUCAGAAUGGUCAAGAAGAAGCUUGCUCCAAGAGGCAACGUAAAGUGUUUUCAGUUUGCUGGUAGUUAGGUUUCACGUAACCAGCCAGCAAUCAAUGCAAUUUCGACUUCUUUAUUUGCAUAAACCUUUCUUUGAAAAAUAAGCAGAUGACAGUCGGGGCUGUUUUCUCCGGGGAACAAUUCAGCUAAAUGAAAAUAACUGAAGAUAUUAAUUUAUACGUGCCAGAGAAAGAAAUAAAAAGACCUUGCGGUGACUUUUGCUUGACGGUGGUUAAGAUGCCCUGGGGUUGUCACCGGAGUGAAAAUACGGCAGUGCAAUACCUUUUGGACAGUGUCUGCAUUAGGGCAUUAAACUCAUUUAAUAGUACCACUAAAUGGUAGAAAUAGUGUUCCCUUUUAACUGGUGACAGUAUGGAGGAAUAAAAUUGUGAUAACACGAAGUUAUUAGGUAUCCAGCUCUUUCGCUUAACACGAAUCACAUCCUUGCCAAACAAACUUCUGUUAGUUCAUGCACCAUCGAAUAAUCCCGUGCUUUUGUCCUUCCCCACACUUCUGCCGCUGGAGCAUACAGUAGGUGGGCUAACGCACGAAAUAACAACUGGAAUUCCCGAAUGCGUUUUCGUUUUGAAAAUAUUAAUUAAGUAGGGUUGUAAAAUUAAUAAAUCUGCAGCAUAAUUCUAUAAUAACUCAGCUAACUCAGGAUGCCAUCUUUCGCAAAAACUUUCUUCUGGUUGCAUGCAAAAACUAUACUUUGUAAAAAAUGACUACAUAUAUAGCAUGCAUUUUUCCCAUUGAUUUCCGGAUGCCCUUAAAUGUCCAAUUAUAUUUCAUGGAAAACAUGCACAAAAAUAUUUAUUCUUCGGCUCAUUCGGUAGAAAAUUACGUCUUCCUCCAAUGUUGUUCUCGAAGAAAUGGGUAACAUUCGGCUUUCAAAAACUUUUCCAAUUCACGAAUAAUUUUCAACUUGGCCUGCCGUUACACUUGCAUCCAAGGGUUUCCAAACUACAAGCCCCGCGUACGGAAAACCACACAUUUCUUUACGGUAUUAAGAUGAGACAAUAUGGGGUUCAUAAUAUUUGGCAUUGGAUUUGAUCCAUAUUGUAAACUUUACAAGCCACAUUGGUAAAUGCAGAGACAUGACGUUUUAUGAACUGCCGUUUCACGGUAUUUAAAAUCUCACGAGUAUAAAAUUGAAAGAAGACGCAAUUUUCUACCGAAUGAGCAAAAGAAUGAAUAUUUUUAUGCAUAUUUUCCCUGAAAUAUAAUUUGCCAUUUACGGUCAUCCGAAAAUCAAUGGGAAAAAUUCAUGCUACAUAAGUUGUCAUGUUUACAGAGCAUAAUGUUUGCAUGCAGCCGGCAAGAAAUUCCUUCGAAAGCCGGCAUCCUUGGCUAACUGAAUUAUUAUAAACUUGUGCUGCAGAUAAUGAGUUUUACAACCCUACUUAAUUAAUCUUUUCGAAACGAAAACGCAUUUAGGAAUUCCAGUUGACAUUUCAUGCGUUAGCUCACGUACUGUAAGUCGAUCUAAAAGACUUGAAACAAGUAGGUGGUUGUGACUUGCGACUGGUUCGAAAGACCUCAUCCAAUUCGAAUAAAAUGUAAAGAUUUGCCUUUGUAGUCAAACAAACGCACCUUUUCAACCCUCGCUAGGCUUUAACAGUCAUAACCUCGACGGUUGUCAAAUAAUUGGACCAUGAUGCAACUACUCAUUCUUCCUGUUGCCUUCAUUUAAAAUCUCCAAUGAAAUAUCAGUGAACCUAUACUCAGUCUGGUCGGGGCUUGAGAACGUGUGCCAAGUGUCACCAAACAAGUUAGCCUUGGUCCCUCGUCGCCCAAUGCCAUGACGAGGAGUCUGACCUGGCCUGGCGACUGUUCAGUGCUUCAGAAAGUUGCUUCUGUCUAACAGGUGCAGUUCGCCUACAGUCAGCGAGGUCCUCCAAUCGACUUGUGAGUACACUAGCGAAACUACCGACCGGCCGAUCCAUUUCCGGAAGAGGAAACUUUUGUCACAACGGAUCAACAAUAACAUAUUUUACGACCUUGGUGAAGGAAAUGGUUAGGUUGCAGUUUUCUCGAUGACUGUAUAAAAGGCAGCAGUUUAGGUCUUCUGUUCAAUAGUUGGAUUGGAUAAACAUCACCUGCCCUUACUCCACCAGUUGUGGCAUUCAUCUUCGGUUCAGGAUGGCGGACUGUUAGCAUGUCGUUUAAACAAGCAGAUUGCGUCAGUCUGCCGUCUAUUGCAAGGUCUGCUUGGAGAUGACACCCGCUUACAGAGGAACACACGAUAGUUUGUCCAGCCGUCGUUGCCGAUUAUGUCAACCGUGUGCUCCACAACAAGGUUAAGCAGGUCGGUGACUUGUGCGUGAUUUAAUUUAUCGGGAAUGUAGUCCUGCACAGCAUCUACCACACUCUCGCCUUCACCCCUACCUGGACCCGAUGUCAAGAUGGAGUCAAGAAGGCCGGAGGCAAGGGAAGGGCGUAGGUGGUUGGCGCGAUCGGACCCGCACCUAGGCGUGUCACCACAUCAUGCACUUGACCAGGAUUUUUCACCAACAACAAAACAACACUCCAGCGGGGAUCAAAAGAACGAGGAUGAUGACUGGGCAGCCAUGCCCACCACAUGUAUACCCAACGAGAGCACAAGCGCAUCUACCAUCUGGGAACCAGGUACCAGGGAACUGUCAGCGCAUACCAGACUGCGAGGGCCAUGAUUUGCUGAUACUAGCAUAGCACACGCUUUCAGACCUUUUGACCAGGCAAGAGGAACACGAGAGUUUGACCGUCGAUUUCGGCGAUGCCCACCGUGUGUUCCACAGCAGAGUGGAAGCAGGGACGGUGAUUUGCUCGGGGAUUUAUAGUGCCAGUAGACUUGCAAUGUAUCUACCACACUUUCUCCUCCUACCCCACCUGAGUCCGGUGUCAAAACAGAGUCAAUAAGACCGGAGAUGAGGAAGAGGAAAACACACACACCAAAAAUUGCCAGUGAAAGCUGCCACAAAAAUGCAUAUGCUUGAGUGUGAUAAUCUAUAACGGCUAAGAGGACCAGCUUUCAUCUACGAUAAGGACUGUCCACCACGUUUUAUCGGUUUCACAGAUGAGUGACGUCCUCGGUGCUGAAAGUCGUCGCUACGAAAAAUGUGGGAACUAGAAUGACCCCCUCGACCUUCUCUGCUGUCGUCAGCUCUGCACGUCGAAUUAACCUGACGCGACUUCAAUGCGUCUCCUGUUGACUUUUCGUAAAAGAUACAGUAGGUGGGCUAACUAAUGAAAUGUCAACCAAAAUUUCGAAAUGCGUUCUCGUUUUGAAAUGAUUACUUAAGUCCGUUUGAAAAACUAAUAAGCAUGCAGCAUAAUUCUAUAAUGAUCCAUUUACCUUAUGGUGUCGGCUUCCGAAUCGACUUAUUUCCGCCUGCAUGCAAGAACUAUGCUCUGCAAAAAAAUGACUACUUAUGUAGAAUACGGCUUUCUCAUUCAUUUUCGGUGCGUUUUAAAAUUCGAAUAUAUUUGAUGGAAAAAUACAUACAAAUAUUCAUUCUAUUGUUUAUUCAAUAGAAAAUUACGUCUUCUUCCAAUUUUAUACUUGAAGGAAGGGAAUAAUUAGGUUUUAACGAAGUUUCUAACUGUGAGAUUUUUAAUACCAUGAAAUGGCCGUUCAUAAAACGUCAUGUAUUUGCAUUUACCAAUACGGCUUUUAAAGUUAACCAUGCUGCACAAAUUCACUGCUUAAUUUUACGAACCCCGUAUGGUCUCCUCUUAAUACCGCAGACAAAUGUAUGGUUUUCCGUAUACGGAAAAUAUGCAGCUUGUAGAUUUGUGACCCUAAAUGCGAAUGUACCGCAGGUCGGGUUCAAAAUUAUUCGGGAAUUAGAAAAGCUUUUUAACACCAAAUUAUAAUCCCCUUUCAAGUACACACUCGGAAGAAGACGUGAUUUUCCACAGAAUAAAUAAAAGAAUGAAUAUUUUUCUGCAUGUUUUUCAUGUAAUAUAAGCGACUUUUCAAGGGCAUCGAAAAUAAAUAUCAAAGUUGCCUGCUACCGACGUAAUCAUUUUUUCAGGGUAUAGUUUUUGCAUGCAGUCGGCAAUAAGUACAUUCGAAAGCCGACAACCUGAGGUAACUGGAUCAUUGUAGAAUUAUGCUGCGUGAUGAUCAGUUUUACAACCCCACUUAUUCAAUCUUGUCGAACCGAGAACGCAUUUUAUAAUUUCAGUUGACAUUUAAUGAGUUAUUCCGCCUACUGUAGAUGCGGACUAAUCCAUCAUUGCAGAACAUUUCCGACUUCUUUGAUCUUUGUGCUCCUGCAUGACAUGCAACUUAUUUCUCUUCCCCGUUUUUCGUUCCUUUCUGUUACUGUUCUUUUCCGUCUCUCCCAUGCCCUCGUCUACUCUUACUUUUCUCCCUUAACUUUGCCGCUUUUUUCCUUAUCAAAAUUUUUCCUCUGAUAAAGUGUUUCCUCUAGCCUCCUCACCGUCCCUUUCUCCAUCUUCUCCUCUCUCUUCUUUUCCUCCUCGUUCUCCUCCUUCUUCCUCUCCUUCCCCUUCUUCUUUUUGCCCCUUUUCCCCCCUUUCUUCUUCUUAUUCUUCCUCUUCUUCCUCUUCUCCUUCUUUUCCUCGCCUUUCCCCUCAUCUUUUUCCCUUGAUAGAUGAGUUUUCGCCGAGCAUUCUACACGGUGCGGUUUUCAGACAUCUCACCAUACAUGCUCAUCAGACUGCUGUUUCUUGAAUCCCUUCAGCUGGCCGCCAAGAUGCUGAAGGACGCCCUCGAGGAGAAAAUGGGCGCGGGCUGGCACGUGGUGGUCGGUCAGGGCUUCGGCUACGAAGUGAACUACGACAAGCGCUUCAUAAUGUUUAUGUACUUUGGCGGAAAUACUGCUAUUCUGAUGUGGAAGUGUCUAUAG